UCUGUACACCUUGCGGUAGGCAGAAACCAUCAGCCGCGGCAGCAGCCAAGGGGUUUUUGCACAGAUAGAGGGAGACGUAGGGACUGGCAGACGGACGGACGGAGAAGACCCUUCCCCAAGCUCUCGCGCCAUGGCGGAGAAAAAGCAAUCUGGGAAGCAGGCAGAGGACGAAGAGGUCCCUGCCUUUUUUAAAAACCUGGGCUCAGGCAGCCCCAAGCCCCGACAGAAAUUCUGUGGCAUGUUCUGCCCGGUGGAAGGGUCCUCGGAGAACAAGACUAUCGAUUUCGACUCGCUGUCUGUGGGCCGGGGCUCCGGGCAGGUGGUGGCUCAGCAACGGGACGUUGCCCACUUGGGCCCGGACCCGCAGCCGCCGUACUCCCGGCAGGGCCGGCGUGCCGGCGGGGAGCCAUCUGUUGAAUCGGGCCGGAAGGUGGAGAUCCGGCGAGCCUCAGGCAAGGAAGCCCUGCAGAACAUCUACGAUCAGAGCGAUCGUCUUCUCAUCAAAGGAGGUAAAAUUGUUAAUGAUGACCAGUCAUUCUAUGCAGACAUAUACAUGGAAGAUGGAUUGAUCAAACAAAUAGGAGAAAAUCUGAUUGUACCAGGAGGGGUGAAGACAAUCGAAGCCCACUCGAGGAUGGUGAUCCCGGGAGGAAUUGAUGUUCAUACCCGUUUCCAGAUGCCUGAUCAGGGAAUGACCUCUGCUGAUGACUUCUUCCAAGGGACCAAGGCAUCUCUGGCUGGGGGAACUACUAUGAUCAUUGACCACGUUGUUCCUGAGCCUGGGACAAGCUUACUGGCCGCCUUUGACCAGUGGAGGGAAUGGGCUGACAGCAAGUCCUGCUGCGACUACUCUCUGCAUGUGGACAUCACUGAGUGGCAUAAGGGCAUCCAAGAGGAGAUGGAAGCCUUGGUGAAGGACCAUGGGGUCAAUUCAUUCCUUGUGUACAUGGCUUUCAAGGAUCGCUUCCAGCUCACAGAUUCCCAGAUAUACGAAGUACUGAGCGUCAUCCGGGAUAUCGGCGCGAUUGCCCAAGUCCACGCAGAAAAUGGCGACAUCAUUGCAGAGGAACAGCAAAGAAUCCUGGAUCUGGGCAUCACAGGCCCCGAGGGGCAUGUGCUGAGUCGGCCUGAGGAGGUGGAGGCUGAGGCUGUGAAUCGUUCCAUCACCAUAGCCAACCAGACCAACUGCCCCCUGUACAUCACAAAAGUGAUGAGCAAGAGUGCAGCGGAAGUCAUCGCCCAGGGCCGGAAAAAGGGAACUGUGGUGUAUGGCGAGCCCAUCACAGCCAGCUUGGGAACUGAUGGCUCCCACUACUGGAGCAAGAACUGGGCGAAGGCUGCUGCCUUUGUCACCUCCCCACCUCUGAGCCCUGAUCCAACCACUCCAGACUUUCUGAACUCCUUACUGUCCUGUGGAGAUCUCCAGGUCACUGGCAGUGCCCACUGUACUUUCAACACUGCCCAGAAAGCUGUGGGGAAGGAUAACUUCACCUUGAUUCCUGAGGGCACCAAUGGCACUGAAGAGCGGAUGUCCGUCAUCUGGGAUAAGGCUGUGGUCACCGGGAAGAUGGAUGAGAACCAGUUUGUGGCUGUGACCAGUACCAACGCGGCCAAAAUCUUCAACCUUUACCCCCGGAAAGGCCGCAUCGCUGUGGGGUCUGAUGCUGACCUGGUCAUCUGGGACCCAGAUAGCGUUAAGACCAUCUCCGCCAAGACCCACAACAGCUCCCUCGAGUACAACAUCUUUGAAGGAGUGGAGUGCCGUGGUUCCCCACUGGUGGUCAUCAGCCAAGGGAAGAUCGUCCUGGAGGAUGGCACCCUUCAUGUCACUGAAGGCUCUGGGCGCUACGUCCCCCGGAAACCCUUCCCUGACUUUGUUUAUAAGCGUAUCAAGGCAAGAAGCAGGCUGGCGGAGCUGAGAGGGGUUCCUCGAGGCCUGUACGAUGGACCAGUGUGUGAGGUGUCUGUGACGCCCAAGACAGUCACUCCAGCCUCCUCAGCUAAAACGUCUCCUGCCAAGCAACAGGCCCCGCCUGUCCGGAACUUGCACCAGUCUGGGUUCAGCUUGUCUGGUGCUCAGAUUGAUGACAACAUUCCUCGUCGCACCACCCAGCGCAUUGUGGCGCCUCCUGGUGGCCGUGCCAACAUCACCAGCCUGGGUUAGAGAUGCUGGGUCCGCAGCAGUCCACCUGGGGAUGGGGAAUGGGAUACCUGCGGACAUUCUGAGACUUUCUUCCUUUCUUUUUGUUUUUCCCCUUUAAGAGCCUGUGAUAGUUACUGUGGGGCAGCCAGUUCACGGGGCUCCCUCUUAGUCCCUCACCCGGAAGUCACUGAUUUUGCUCAUCCACUUCCCUACACAUCUACAAAUAUCACACCCAAGUAUAUCCACCAGUUCCCAACAAUGGAACCACAUCCAACACUCAGACAUGCGAAACAAAGCAAAUCACAAAGAGGGU